AUGCUGUGCGUCUACGCGUGCGGCAUAGUCAUCCCGUACGCCGUGGACCACUACGUGUCGUACCGAAGCCACUCCUGGGGCGUCGGCGGCGGCGUCAGGAAGGCGGUGCUCCAUAACAUUCUGGCCAGCUUCCUGUAUUACGAGGAGAAGAGCCGGGACAGCAUGAACACCUUCGAUUGGAUUGGGACGUUCAAUCACGAGGUGCACGAUUUGGUGAAAUGCGGUUAUAUGCAGUUUUUCUUGUUGUUUACAGCUUUCGGCCGGAUAUUGGCCGCAAUCGCUUUCAUCGUUUACAUCGCUGUCACGCAGGCUGUCGAAGAGCAGAUGGGUCACGUGUUCCUGAUCCUGCUGCCGUUUCCUCUCUUGCCUCCAGUGAUAUAUUUGUACACGAGUUGCCGAGCGCGCGAGACAGAAUGCGCGCGCGCGAACGUAGUUGACGCCAAGAUAAUAUUGGAUACCUAUGUCGGUCAGGCAGUUGACCAUUAUCGCACCAUUGCUGAUUAUUGGAGCCGGCCUGUGGUGCUGAGUAGGACGCUGGAAAGAAUCUGCGAUUACAACAAAACCAUCGUCCACAUUGGGAUGAGGCGAGCCAACGACGAUGCUUUCUUCAAGUGGGUGAUCAAGGCCAUAGAGGUGUCCGCCCUUCUCGUAGGGGGAAUGCUGGCAAGCCGCGAGAUCAUCCAGGUGGGUACCUUCAGUACGCUGUUUUCGGCGGCGUCCAGCGCCGCCAGCCAGUUUCAGUCGCUCUUCGCGACGAUGAUAAAUAUGCAGACGUGCUACGUUGGAUUGUGGAAGACCGUGGAAUUCAUGAACGUCCCCACGGACUUAGAAAAGCGAAAGCAAAAUUGUGAGUCUCAGCGGGACCAGUUCGCUAAGUUGAUCAAGAGCAAGGCGAUGGAGGACCCCACGGGAAUCACCGAGGAUAAGGUGCCCAUAUGUGUCAAGGGGGUCUCGUUCUCGUAUUCGUGCAGGACGAAAGCGAUCCUGCGCGACGUGAACCUCGAGAUCGACCAGGGGUCACUGGUUGCCAUCAUGGGAGGCAACUCGAGCGGCAAGAGCACGCUGAUGCAGGUCCUCGCGGACGUGCUGACGCCGACGCAGGGGCAGGUGUUCACGCCGCCGCACCUGCGCGUCCUGCACGUGCGAUUCCGGGAGAGGCUCUGGCAGCGGCCCCUCGCCGACACCCUGUUCUUCGGCAUCCUGGUGAGCAAGCGGGUGAGCAGGGUGCAGGACCUGAGCGAGGCGGACAAGAGGCGCGGGCUGAAGAUCUGCCAGAGGCUGGAGCUGGAGCGGUGGGUCAUCGACCACAUCGUCGACGGGCUCUACCCCGACGGGGGCCGCCCGUCCAGGCUGAGCUUCCUGGACGAGCCGGCCCUGCCCGGCAGGAGCGCCGCGGGGGAGCGGCCCCUGCAGCGGAAGCUGGAGCAGCUGCACGCGGACUCCCAGGUGGCGCUGACCCUCGCCGCGGCCUCGCGCUUCAAGGUGCAGCUCGCCCGGGCGCUCGUCACGGACCCCGAGGUCCUGCUCCUCCACAAGCCCCUCUCGUUCGCCACCACGCACGAGUCCAGGAUCAUCAUGGAGCUGCUGCAGGAGUUCGUGAACAACAAGGGCAUCGAGAACGACCCCGCGACGAGGGCUUACCGACGGCCACGCACCUGCAUCAUCUCGCUCGAGAAGCCGUUCUACCUGCGCAGGUUCCACAAGGUGGCGUUCCUGCGGAAGCAGGGGGACGAGGGCUCGACGCUGCGGGAGCUGGACGAGGAGGCGAGGAACCGGGAAGUGUCGCUGCUUCACAGGAUGGACCUGGUGGACACGGAGGACGGGGGCAUCGUCGCCCAGGAGCGUGUCCCUCCGUGGGCACAGGCGACGCCCACGCAGGGCAGCGGCGCCAUGACGAACCUGCAGUGGUCUUCCUUCGUCAUGCCGCACUACGAGGCGGAUUCCUGCGCCGAGGCGCACCUCCCUGACGGCGACAGGUCGCAGCGCACGGAGGCCCCAGACGACGGCACCGAGACGGACCCUCGCUUUGACAUCUCCAAGAUUAUGUCGGGGAUGUUAUGUUCCUCGCAGCGCGGGGCUGGUACUGGCGAGUGA